AUGCUGCCUAGUAUGGCAGAGUGUCGUUCAGCCGGCGGUCUAGUCUCUACUCCAGAUGGCUGUCUUUACGCACUUGGCGGGCAUAACAGUCUUGCUAUAUACGCUUCGGUCGAAUGCUUUGCUCGCUACGGUCGCUCUCGCACUCCAGGACGGCUUGAACCAACUAUUUCUCUUCCGGGAAACAGAAGAGCUGGUCGCCUGCUGCUACCCGAUUUUAGCUCAAUUACAAACAAUGGUGGUGGAAGUGGUAUGAUCACACAAAACAACAGCUCUGCCGUAUCGGUAGGGCGGGUAGCUCAAUCAUUACCUGUCAGCUUGUGGUUUACUGUCUCCCCGAUGCAGACACCACGCUGUCGACAUGGAUCCGCGGUUCUUCAGCAACACAUUUUUGUUGCAGGGGGCUACAACGGUCUGUCAUUUCUCGAUAGCGUUGAGUACUUUGACCCAAACGUCGGACCGGACAGUCGAGGUCUCCUUGGUCAAUGGACAGUAGUGACGUCGAUGAAUGUGCCCCGGUCUCGCGUUGCUUUGGUUGCCACCGCUGGCCAUCUCUAUGCUAUAGGUUAG